AAUUUCCUCAUUCUUUUUUGAGGGUUGCUGAAGCUGAUUCAUUUCCUGUUAGCAAUACCCUAUCAAGCAGCUGUAAUUUGAAGAUAAAACUCAGCCUUCCAGCCAAAACACCGUCUGGGGAUCUAAGAGCACCGUAUAUAGCCAAAAUAUUCUGCUUUCAAAGUUGAAAGAUCAGAGAGACUUGAGAAUCAUGAAAAUCACGCUGUCCCUUCCUGUGCUGGUAGUACUGGCUCUCUCAGUUUGCUGCUACUCUUACGAGCCAAAUACUUUACCUGAUACAAGAGACAAACAGUUUAUUGAGGAGUGCGUGACGGCUCAUAACCAUUUUCGGUCCCGGGUGAAUCCAGCAGCUAGCAACAUGCUUCACAUGAGCUGGGACCCAGAUUUGGCAAAGACAGCCAGAGCAUGGGCAAAGACAUGUCAGUUUAAACAUAAUAUCUAUCUCAAGAUACGCGGGAAGGCCCACCCUACCUUUACUUCUGUUGGAGAAAACAUCUGGACUGGCUCUCUUCGCAUGUUUUCUGUGACUGCGGCCCUCACUAGUUGGUACAAUGAGUUCAAAGACUAUGCCUAUGGCACCAAUACUUGCACCAAUGUGUGUGGCCACUACACUCAGGUUGUUUGGGCGACAAGUUACAAAGUUGGCUGCGCUGUUCACUUUUGCCCUACAGUAACAGGGUUUCGUGGAUCUAAUGCAGCACAUUUUAUUUGCAACUAUGGGCCAGCUGGGAAUUAUCCAACAUGGCCAUAUGACAUGGGAGCAGCAUGCAGCAAAUGCAACGGUGAGAAGUGUGUGGAUAAGCUAUGUGAAAAUCCAGAGCGUGAGAAAGUCAUAAGUAACUCUGGGUGGUAUCCGGACUGGGACAGGUAUCCAGACCAGGAUAAAGCCAUGUGUGACCAAUAUUGUAUCACUGUUCUAGCUUUAAGGCCAUUGUUAAUUAUAUUGACUUUUGGAGCUGUUUGGUUUCUACAGAAGCAUUAUCCCCAAGUAUCUAUGAGUGACUAAUACGCAUUUGAAAGAUUGCAGAAACACUUCAGGCUAUUCUACUCCUAUUCCACAUGCAGAUUUCCCCUACUCCAUGGGCAGAUUUAUUAGUGCGGGGAAAUCUAACACAAUGAUCUGUAAAAUGAGGCCUAAUCUAUUAAUGAUGAGUGCAUUUAUCUAUUUUCAAAUCACAUGCAAAAAAAGCCACCCACAACCCUUAAUCCAAGGUAACUAUCUGAAUAUAGGUGAAGGCUAACUGUAAUUCGUUUGGUUAAGAGUUAAGGGCAUGCAUUCAUCCUUCUCUUUUACGUGCUCUGUUAUUUGAGGACCUAAUGUCAUCAAGCUUGUGCAGUUAACAUGUAGCUAAUUGCUGCUGUCCUUACCCAAAGGAGUAGUCCAAUAGAAGUCAAUUGGACUACUUAUGUGAAUAAAUGAAGCAAGAUUUGGCCUGUAACCUUUUGCAUUUGACUCUGUAGGUGUUUAGUUUUUGUUUAAAUGUUUGAGGGGAUGACGAGAAGAGGCACAAGUGUAGUAAGAGGAGGCCCUAAGAUAUAAACCUUGGUAUCAGAGGCCUGAGGCCUAAACUAAAGUAAUGGUCAAGACUUUGCUAACAUAAAGCAAAGUUAAGCUGUGAGCCAGAGGCAGGCCCUCCUCACAGAAGCUGGCAAGGAAAGGGCUGAUGCUGCAAAAAGAUACGUACCUAAAAGGUACUGAACACGAGAUAUCAGAAUGUUCACAUACUUGCACAUUCCACACAGAUAACAAGGAACAGGCUGACCCAUCCCAAUGACAGGACCAAAAGGGUAAUAUGAUGGAUAGAGUUGUUUUGUUCCAACAACAUGUACAAGGUGAGAGGCGUCACCUUACUGCGUAGAGGGGUUAUACCUUGCUACGUAGAGGGGUGCACCUGAAUACAUCAGGAGUGAUGUGUAACUUGUUUGUACCUGCGUAUAAGAAUGCAUCCCUGGGGCAGUGUCUUUGUCCAGCCGAGGGAGCAGUAGAAAGUCCCGCCACUGACUGAGCUGAGUCCAUUGCCAAGUGGCACGUAUUAGUAGUAUGCCUUUUACUAGAGUAACAAUCAUUGUGUCCAGACGGCAAUAAACCUGGCCGACGUGCCUUCGUACCUUACUAGACUCUGUGGUCAUUGGGGGUUCUCUUCGGGUCUGCUGUGUCAGCUAUCUGCAAAAUUGGUGCAGCACACAGAGGGAACACACACACGCAGCCGAGUGAUACCAACAUUGAACAGAGCAGAGCACCACACCAGUAGCAUCUGACAACACUAUCCAUCAUAUUACCCUUUUGGCCCUGUCAUUGGGAUGGGUCAGCCUGUUCCUUGUUAUCUGUGUGGAAUGUGCAAGUAUGUGAAUGUUCUGAUAUCUAGUGUUCAGUACUUUUUAGGUAUGUAUUUUCUUGCGGCAUCAGCCCUUUCCUUGCCAGCUUCUGUGAGGAGGGCCUGCCUCUGGCUCGCAGCUUAACUUUGCUUUAUGUUAGCAAAGUCUUGACCAUUACUUUAGUUUAGGCCUCAGGCCUCUGAUACCAAGGUUUAUAUCUUAGGGCCUCCUCUUACUACAACAAGUUCCUUAGCUAGCAGGCACCGUCAGUCCAGACAAAGGCCAUCUGGUGCCCAUCCACAUCCUCCUGCUCCUCAGUCAUAUGUACAUUUCUUGACAGGCACCAACUAGUGACAGGCGACUAGUGUUCGUUAGUACACUAGUGGGCUGAGCACCACAUAUACCUUCACAUUUAUUGAAAUGUGCAUUCCCUCCCAGAGCAUGCGAAGUGUAAACAUUUGUAACUGUAAAGCUACUGAUUAGAUUUUCUUCACUUAGAUCUUUUGAUUAGAUUGUGAGCUCUUUGAGACAAGGACUGGGUGGAAAGCACCAAGCAUGUUGUGGGUACUACCAUAUUAUACCAGAAUAUAAAGAACAAUAGGCUCAUGCUUUUUAGAGUUUAAUGAAGUCUAAAAGCAAGUCAAAUAGAAGAAAAAAGACAUCAAACUUUGCAUAAAGUGAAAUAGGUAACUUUUAA